AAGACAUAGCCCUUCGGGGGGGCCUCCCCAAGUUUGAAGGAUGAACAUUCUGGCCCCUGUACGAAGGGACCGGGUCAUUGCUGAACUGCCACAGUGCUUUACCAAAGAGGCGGCCUUACAUCCCCGGACCUCCUUUCACCCCAAAGUGGUGGGGAUGUGCCAGGCCCAGCGCACGGGGACUGUGGGGUUCAAAAUCUCCAAGAUCAUUGUGGUCGGAGACCUGUCGGUGGGGAAGACCUGCUUAAUUAAUCGGUUUUGCAAAGAUACUUUCGACAAGAACUACAAAGCCACCAUCGGGGUGGAUUUCGAAAUGGAGCGCUUUGAAGUCCUGGGCGUCCCCUUCAGCUUGCAGCUGUGGGACACCGCCGGCCAGGAACGGUUCAAAUGCAUCGCCUCCACCUACUAUCGAGGAGCUCAAGCCAUCAUUAUUGUCUUUGACAUGAACGAUGUGGCCUCUCUCGACCACACCAGGCAGUGGCUGUCGGACGCUCUGAAGGAGAACGAUCCGUCUAACGUCAUCCUUUUCCUGGUUGGGACCAAGAAGGAUCUCUGUAGCCCUGCGCAGUACACCCCUGCGGAGAAGGACGCUUUGAAAAUAGCCAAAGAAAUGCAGGCCGAAUUCUGGGCCGUUUCGUCGCUCACAGGUGAAAAUGUGAGAGAGUUUUUCUUCCGAGUCGCAGCGCUGACGUUUGAGUGCAGCGUGAUGGCGGAACUGGAGAAAAGCAACGCACGCCGGAUUGGGGACAUUGUGCGGAUCCACGGUGACGAGCGGGAUUUGUACCUGACGGAGAAGCGGCACAAGGCCAAAUGCUGCCCGUGACGACUCGGGCGUACAGGGAGGGCCUCCCCCGCCUGCCCGCCCGCCUGCCUGAACAUUUGCACUGAACUUGUCUGGAGCCCAAAGACGCGCCCCUCCCUCUCCUCUCCUCUCCCCUCCGAAGGUAGACCUGCGAUGGGGACCCCCAGGCCCCGGAGGGAUCGCCCCUUCCCACCACCCGAGGUCCUGCUGCCGAUCCGGAGUCUUCCUUCCUCGCGGAACAUCGCUUCCGAACCAGCAAAACCAAAGACGUCCCUGGACGACCCUUAAGCUCUGGCGUUCGGAGUUCUGUUCAGGUUUCGAAGCCGUACCCGUCUUGAGUCUCCCUUCCCUUCUUCCGGAUUGUGCCGGAUCAAAACCACAUUCCUUGGUACGGAGCCAGCUUUGCAUCCUAAAAUGGUACGAGCACACGAGCGCCCACGUUCUGGCAUCACGACCCACGAGCUGGCCACGGGCUCUGAGUGCAAAUCCUGCUGGGGCGUUUCCCCAGCUUCAACCCUGGUUGUUCAUAAUAAAGUUGGUAUUCUUGCUUUUUUCCCCCUCUUCUUCCCCAU